AAUAUGGAUUGAAUGGAAAGGCCAUGCUUUGAUCCGGCGGAACUACUCUAGGACUGAGAACUGACUUAAAUUCAGCGCAGAAGCGUUGCUUCCACGGCGGCCUCCUGCAGCCACCGUACGUGGGUGAAGUAGGAAGUCUGCGAGAAGCACUGACAGUGCCGGACGUUGCCAUGGGACUCCCGAGCUAUGUCCCGUUGCUGCUGGCGCUGAGCACCCACAGCUUACGAACGGUUGCCCAGGUGCCCCUGGUGCUCAAUACGUGGGGCUUUGCAGACGCGGCGCACCGGGCAUGGAGUACUCUUGCCACUGGGGGUUCAGCUCUGGAUGCGGUAGAACAAGGGUGCAGGCAGUGUGAAGUCGAGCAGUGCGAUGGCACUGUGGGGUAUGGAGGAAGCCCGGAUGAACAUGGGGAGACAACACUGGAUGCAAUGAUAAUGAAUGGUAACACAAUUGAGGUUGGUGCAGUCGGAGGACUUCGAAGGAUUAAGAGUGCAAUCAGUGUUGCUCGGGCAGUGAUGGAACACAGUACUCAUACACUGUUGGUGGGGGAGUCAGCAUCAAUUUUUGCUCAGAACAUGGGCUUCCUCAGUGAAGAUUUAACAACAAACAGAUCCCUGCACUUGCAUGCAGAGUGGCUACGCAAAAACUGCCAGCCCAACAGCUGGAAGAGCGUCUCGCCAAAUCCUGAGACUUCUUGUGGACCGUACAAACCAAUCAAGGCGCUGGGGUCAAAAGGGCGUACGAAGCCAAGACAGUGGAUCAAUUUACACAACCAUGACACGAUUGGUAUGAUUGCAAUUGAUAAGCUUGGAAGUAUUGCUGCAGGGACAUCCACUAAUGGUCAAAUCCAUAAAAUUCCAGGCCGUGUAGGGGAUUCACCAAUAGCUGGAGCAGGUGCUUAUGCCGAUAGCACAGCAGGAGCUGCAGCGGCUACUGGAGAUGGUGAUGUUAUGAUGCGAUUCCUUCCAAGCUACCAGGCUGUGGAAUAUAUGAGAUCGGGCAUUGAACCAACCAUAGCAUGUCAGAGAGCUAUUAAAAGAAUCCAAAAGUAUCAUCCAACCUUUUUUGGUGCCAUAAUCUGUGCCAACAAGACUGGGAGUUAUGGUGCGGCAUGCAGUAAAGCUGUAGGAUUUGAUCAGUUCCAUUUUAUGGUGUACAAUCGUGCGAAAGGCUCAGAACAAAUAGUGGACUGUGUUUAAUGCUAUGCAGGUGCAUCAUUUGCAAAAUACUUUGAAGACUUUUUAAGAUUCAGAUUAUUUGGAAUCAAUGGUAUUUAUACUGUGGUCAGGUUUUAAUUAUUGUUUGAUAAAUACUUCUUGAAGAGCCUUAGAAUAAAGCACUAAAUAAAUUAUUUUUGAUGUAAAUGCCAACUAGCUAAGUUUCAGGUGCAAUCUGCUAAAAUGUUAAAAAUGAGCUGAAGAAAUUAGCCUUGCUUUCUUUGAUUUGCUAAUUAAAUGUGUGUGCAGGUUAAGUAUGAAGGGUGUUAGUCCAAACUUUUACUUUGUUUACAGUUUCUACAUGUACACUGGAAAAAGCCAUUGCAAAAGUAUCUUAAAACUUUUGUUUUCACUUUAAAAAUUAGCAGCUGGACAAACAAAAUUGUAGAUUUUAUUUUUUAACAGAGCCAAGACCUGUACUGAAAAAACUGAAAACCAAUUCAAGUGUGACAUUUCAUAUCAUAUGUUGUCUGGAUAAAUUACAGUUCUACAGAUGUACAGAUUUAUUCUGCCUUAUUUAUGUUUAAUCAUUUGUUAAUUUCACAAUCCAUUGAAAGGCUACAGAUGAAAAGGAGGCCGUUCAGCCCAUGGUAUCUACCAGUUCUAUGUAAGAACUAAAAGGCUAGUUCAAUUUCUUCACCCUUUCUCCAGGCCUUCAAGUACCUUCUGUUGUGAUACCAGUGCAGCUGUCUUUUGAACAGCACAAUUGAAAUCUGGGUCCCCACAUUUGUGUAAGACAUAGGAGCAGAAUUAGGCCACUUGGCCCAUCAGGUCCUCUCCAGCAUUUGAUGACGGCUAAUUAAUUAUCCCUCUCAAUCCCAUACUGCUUUAUCCUCAUAACACUUGACAUCCCUACUAAUGAAACCUAUCAAUGUCCGCUUUAAACAUACCCAAUGACUUGGCCUCCAUAGCCAUCUGUGCCAAUGAGUUCCAUGGAUUUACCACCCUCUGGCUGAAGUAAUUAGUCCUCAGCAGGUCAGGUAGCAUAAAACCGGAGGAGCAGCAUUCGGCCAUUGAGUCUGCUCUGCCAUUCUAUUGUCCGAUUUAUUAUCCCUCUCAGACACACUCUCCUCCUUCUCCCUAUCACUUUUAAAGCCCUUAGUAAUCUUGAACAUGUCAACCUCCUCACCUACCUCCUGGUCGCCACCCAUUUCAGUUCUACUUCUGAUUCACAAUCUGACAUGCCAGUCCAUGAUAUCCUCUACUGCUGCGAUUGAGGCCACACACAGAUUGGAGGAGCAACGCCUUAUGUGCCGUAUUUUUAGCCUGCACCUGAUGGCAUGAACAUUGAUUUUUUUGAGAUUCCAGUAACUGCCCCCCAUUUCACCGUUCACCAUCCCUUUCACCUUUUUCCUUACCUGCCCAUCACCUCCUCUCUGGUCCUCCUUCCCUUUCUCCCAUAUCUUCUAUCCUCCCCUAUCAGAUUCCCCCUCCUCCAGCUCAUUAUCUCUUUCACCAAUCAACUUCCCAGCUCUUUACUUCACCCCCAAAUCUUCCCUGGUAAUGUUCCCCAAUUCUUGCACUGUAUUUAUGACUGCAUUGGCUCUGCUUCAUGCACCCACGCUGAACUCAUCAAUUUCAUCAACUUUGCCUCCAAUUGAAUUUGACUUUAUUUUUUUCAUCCUUCAUGUACAUGAGUAAAAAUCUUUACGUUACGUCUCCA